AUGUUCCAAGCUGGUGAUCUGAGCGAUGCUAGCGGGGAUGAGGACGAUGUUUUGCCGGCAAGAAUUGGACAGGCACCUGGUAGAACAUAUGAUUCGGAUGGAGAAGAAAAUGGGGAUGCCAAUUUUUUUCGGGUGAGCUAUUUUUGGUUAGGAUGUUUAGAAAUGAAUCACGGAGAAUUUCAAGUAUUGAAGUUCUCACGAUGUUCAGUUCUCAAAAUGAUAUAUAGAAAAAAUGAAAUAAAGUCUUUAAAUUAAACAUUUCACAAAUUUUGGCAGUUGUUCCACAGCGGGAUGCAGAAAUAAAGCGCGGCGUAAGCAUUCAGUGUUAGUGGGUUAUCUCAAAACUGUUGUUUCCCAAUCUCACAAUAUUCACAUUCAGUUUGAGAAUUAGACAACUUGAUUUUGUCUUUAAAAAUUUUUCGUAAUUUUCAAACUUUACUGUUUCGAAAUACUGACAAUAAAUGUCGAAUUGAAAAAAAAUCUGGCAAAACAUAUUGUAUCUAUAAAUUUGCAAUCAAAAUGUCAGUGCUUUCAAGAAUAUGUUUCAUCAUGAGAAACUUUAUUCAUUUUCCACCGAGAUAUCAGUGGUUCUCAAAGGUUUGUUCAUUAUUUUCGCGAUAUUAGAUUUCAAAAAUAGCCGUCCAUUUUUAAAAGAGAGAAAACAAGUUCAUCAAAUCAAUAACCAAAAACAAUCAAUCUUUCUCACUAAUUUGCUAAUAUUACCUUUCGUAAAAUUGAUAAAUUUUUGACCUACGCGAUCAUAAAAUCAGUUUUUUCUCAAAUUCAGAAAAACAUUUCUGAAAAAUAUAUAUUUUUCUCUUUUUCUCUACCGACUCUUCUCAUUUUUUGACUAUGCUAGAAAUAAAAGACAAGUAUGAAUUAGGAGGUUUAGAUGGGUGAGAGAUAACAUAGAGCGCAUUUUCUAUACACUUGGUUUUUCAGGCCACGAGAUAAAUAAAAAAUUCAAUCUUUUUUGGCAAUUCUGGAAUAGAGAGAUAUAUAGGAAUUAGGAGAAUUGGAGAACUAAAGAUGAAAUAGAGCGCACUUCUAGUUGAUUUGGAAUUCUAGGCCAAAUUAUUCUUAUUUUUCAGAGGGCUGCACCAAUUUAUCCGAAACUGAUCUUAAAUCAUGAAAAUGGAGGUGCUGGUUUACGGAGAACAACGAGCUCUAUUGCGUGAGAUUUUUCAAAUUCAAGUUAAAUAAUUUAUUAAUCAUUUGGUUUCAGACGAAUUUCAAUGGCAAUUCGAAGAUCAUUGAGAUUACCAAGAAGAUCGGAAGCUCGUUUAACACGUGAACAAGAAGAAGUACAAUUGAACAAAGAGAGAAAGGUGAGUGUAUAUUUAUAGAACAUAUUUUAUUUGAAAUGAAACAUUUAAUAAAUGAAAUGAUACACCGGAAAUUUAUUGUUAUGAGAGGAAUGACAAAAACAGUGUUUAUAUUUUGAAUCCGUCAAAACACAUAUAAAACAAUGAUUGUGUUAUUCAAGUGUUUUCAAGCAUGUUGUUUUUUGAAAACAAUUUCUAAAAACUUAACGUUUUUUUUUUUAAUUGUGAUAACUCCAAAAAAUUUAUUGUGAAACUUGUUUCGAAUGAAAACAAAAAGCCGUUUAUGAAACAGUUCUAUUUUUCGGUAUAAUAUUUAGAAAAUUACAAGUUUGGAAUAUUCUCAAAAAAAAUUUCAAAAGCUUUGAACCGGUUCCAAUACACACAUUCCGUUUAUCAGAAGAUCUGAAGAUGAAGUUUCAAAUAUCUAGAUUAAAUGAACGAUUUUUGAUUUUUUUUCCCGAACAAAUUCUGGAUCUCAUUCAAAUUGUAAGCAAAAAUCUAGUUUGCAUAAAUCGCAAAUCAAAACUAUUUGUCAAUAAACCUAAUGAAAUUUGAAACAUUACAACAUUUUCUCGGAAAAUCCCUUUAUAUUCCUCAUGCAAAUUACACAAUGCACCCACCUAACAAAUACAUUUUCACUCAUUCAUUCCCGUUCUUUCCCUUUUCAUUGCAAAAUUUGAAUAAAAAACGGAACUCACUCUUGCUCGUCGCCUAUAUUAUUGACAGCUGUGUGAGUUGUGUGUGUGUGUGCUCAUUUUCUCUAAAUCUCUUGAAUCUCGUCUGUCCACCCUAUAUACACCCAACAUUUCAAAGAGAAUUUGUUUUGUUUCGCAAUAAUCGUUGUUGCCGAGGGUGGGUGCAUUAUUUUUUCUAUCGAUUUUUCUCACUAUUUUGAGAGUGAGCUCUUUUUUGUCUCGAAUUUGGUUUAAUAGGAAUUGAAGGUCGGUUUUUGUCAAAUUUUUUCUUUAAAAAUACGAAAUUUUCGAAAUUCUAUUCGUUGAAAAAUUCUGAGAAAAGUUUCAUUCAGGAUAUAUUGAAACCCUGGAAAAUAAGGGAUUUUCAGUAAUAUUUUUUUCGAAAAAUAUGUUAUUUUGAAAAUAAAAACGUCAUUUUUUCUGUGAUACAACAUCAUCCCACACGAAAAAAUGUUUCAAAAUAUCCGUGUCACAAAAAUAUAUCGUGAGAAUUUCUUGUGAAACGGAAUUUGUAAAAUUCUUGUAUUGUUUUCAAGACGAAAUUCAUAAAUAGUUUAGCGGAUAUUAUAUCAGUAGUGGCCUGAAGCCCUCUGAUGAGACUUUUCUGAAUACUAACUUCAAGAAAUGCUGAUUCUACAUCAUAAAUACAUAAAAUAUCAACAAAGCAAUUUUUUGGAAAUAUUCUAAAAAAAAAUAUUUAAAAAUUUCAUGAAAACAAAAUGAAAAUAAAAAUUUCCAGUUUCAAAAUUCACAAAAAUGUCUGAUGAGCCGGUAAGAAUGAGUGUUGUAAAAGUGUGUUUUUCAAAAUGAGAAAUUUUCAUUUUUUUUUCUAAAUUUGUUUGAUAUUGUUGUGUUGGGUUUUGGUGCCAAUUUUAAAAAUUGUUUCAUUUAUUCAAAAAAAUAUGUUUUUUCAGCCGGAAGGACGAUUGUUCACCGAAAAUACAAGAAAUACUCGUGUUGGACCAUCAAGUGAACCAAGUCGAUUGGAUGAAAUUUUAGAAAAUAAGCGAUUAAAUCGCGUUGACAAAGUAAGUUUUUUUUCGUAUUCAGAGAGGGGAGUUUCAGAUAUCCAGCCAGCCCAGAAAAAACCACCAAAAAAAAAAAAAGAUUGAAUCAUAAUAAAGCUAUACAUAACAUUACAAAUAGGUAUACAAAUCACAAACACGUGGUCCUUUUCUUUGUCACAUUUGAAAUAAGUGAGAGAACAAGAGACGCAGACAGACAGAGACUGUUUUUUGUUUCCUCUACUACUAGAGUAUAUUUCAUUUACCUCUUCUCUUCUUGGAUGUUUCUUUUUUUUCCUUUCUUUAAAGGUCGCUUAAUUAAAUUAUAUUGCAUUAAUAUUGGUUUUUAUUGUUUUUGUUGGUUUCGUGAUUGAAAAAAGAACAUAGAACUUUUUUGAAAAGAAAUGAAUCGUUUGAUCUUUGGAAUGAAGCAUAGAAAUAAGGCGGGCCUUUUCUAGUGCUUUAUAUUUCUGAAACGCGCCAUUUGGCACAUUUUUUUCAAAGUCUAACUUUUCUGUUCUUGCUCGACUUAAUUUUUUUUGAAGCGGCUUUAAAUAUCGCCAAUGUUAAAAGUCGGAGAAAACAGUCUGAAGCCAACUUCUAACAAGAAAAAUUGUGAGAAUCUUCCAAACUGCUUUUUUUUUUCAAACUUGAGAACUCAGAACCCACAUCAGUUCCAAAUAUCAUCUUGAAAAACUAGUUUUUCAAAAUGUAACGAAAAAACUGCAAAAUUCAUGGCUUGUCAGAUCUUCGGAUUUUUUCUUCUGAUGUCUGUUUUCUUUUCCAAGAUCCACCCCCGCAAAAAUUGCAGCUUUUCGAAAUCAUUCAGCUUAAUCGAAAAUGUUUCUUCUCCCUUCAGAAAACAUCCAUUUUCUUCAUUUUUGUUAUUUUGUCAAUAGAAGAUAACCAUACUAUUUUUUAUUUCCCCUCAACAAACAUAUUUUACUUGCAUAUUUUCAAAUAAAAAAACAUUGAGAAAAAUCAAAAUAUAUAUGUGAAUAUAAAUACAUUUUUCAACUUUCAACCUAUUGCUCAAACAAUACAGUCAAACAAAUCUCUCGCCGAGUUUAUUUGACUUUGUUACUGUUUUGUUAGAGGGGUAGGCCCAAAACCAGUCAGGCAAAAAAGUACCAAAAAUUAAGUAACUUCUGUCUAUUUGGAAACAUACCAAAAUUCAUGUUUGACCUGGUCAAAUGAACUCACUUUUUUUAUUUGUUUUUCCAUGCUUUUUGCAAAUUUUUGUCGGGCGGAACUUUCUGUCAAGUAUUUAUUUCGUCGCAAAUUUCCUGAAGUUUAUUUUCAUUUCUUUUCUUUUCACUCAAUUUUUCCGAAUUUUUUCGAGAAUAAUUUUAUUCUUCCUAGAUUUUUGAAGAAAAAUGCGAUUCGAUCCAAAUACGAACCCAUACUCUGAAAUGGAGUAUAAUCGCUCGCCAAAUAGCUCCUAUUAUGAAAAAGUGAUUGAUAGUCAUAUGGAAACUAAAAAAGGUUUCAUUUGUGAUUUGAUAAAUAAUUUUGGUGCUGGUGUUGGUUGUCAUGAUUCUGGGCUGGAAUCGGAUUGUGACGAUUUUUUCAACGUGUCUUCAGCGAGCUCGAGUAGCUCAACAAGCCAAGUUGUUAAUAAUUGGUCGGUAGGUUUUUAGAGUUUUUUAAAAUUAUGAUAUGUAUUUUUUUAAAGCCCAAUCUUCAACAUAUCCCAUUUUCCAGGUCAAGAAAAUUAUUCGAAAAUCCGAUUGGCCAGUGUUUCACGAAAUCCGUUCAAAACUUUGGAAAGAAUUAUGCAACAAUAAAUGUUUUGACAGCAGCCGAAUUUUGUAUAUAUCAGCACUAGAAGAUUAUGAUCGAGUUAAUCGAGGUGAGCGGGUCUAAAAUUAGAAUCCACUUUUUUUCUCAAACAAAAAUUUCUUUUGAACUCAAGCAUUUUCUCGUCAUUGUUUACAUAGUUUCACAGCUGGUGGAGGUUAUUUUUAUGAGCACUGGUUUUUUGAAGUUUUUUUUGUGAAAUGAAAAAAACAAAUGAAAUAUUGAGUAUUGCGAGGUGGAAAAUUUGAGAAAAAAAAGUGGAAACUUCAUUCAAGGAUUAAAAUUGAAUUCCUAUUAAUUUUUAGGGUGAAAAUCUCUUAAUCACAAAUCUGAAAGUAUACCUUAAAUUAAAGUCCCAACCGUCAAUAUUUCAGGAAAACCACAAACACCUCAAAUUCUCACCGAUGAUGGAGCAGUUAUCAAUAAUUAUGAUUUGAAAGAAAAGGGAACGUUAAAAUUGGUACGAAUCUUAUUGAUUAUUGAACAAUUGAGACCAGAAAUUGUAUAUGCACCGGUUAGUUUUGAAAAUUGAUUUUCACAUUUUAUUUCAAAUAUAAAAAGUGUAAUUUUCCAGCUGAUUUACCCGAUUUGCUCAUUGUUUUUACAUUAUUAUGACGAUGAUGCGGAUAUUUUUGCAUGUGUUAAUUAUUUGUUAAAUAAUAAGGUAGAGUUCUUUUAUCGAAAUUCUUCAUAUAUGAGAGACAAUUUUGAUUUUUUUCAGGGGUAUAUGAUGACAGCUCCAGUUCAAUGGGCAGCUUCUUCGCACACAAUUUUGGCACUGAUUAAAAAACAUAAAUCAGCUGCAUAUGCACUUCUUAAGAAACGUCUUGGCUCAGCUGACGAUGCUGUUUUAGUUAAAUGCGUAGGUUUUUUUCUCUGCUUUUCUUCCCCUCUCAUUACAUAUCCAUUAAAACAUCAUUUUUUGCAGCUUCAAGAUUGGCUUCAAUGGUUGUUCCAAUAUCUUCCAAUGCAAUACACUUGUAGAAUUGUUGAUUGUUAUAUAGCAGAAGGUCAUAAAUUUUUGAUUCGGUCCGCUAUUUCGAUUGUUUAUAUUUGGUCGAAGAUUCAAAAAAGUUCGCGUGGAAACAUGGAAGAUUUUGCGGGAAAAUCAUUGGAUGAAAAAAUUGAUGCGAUUCGAACUGAACUGAAAAAUACAGCAUCUGGAAUCACUAUCAGUACUAGUACUUUUAUCGCAACUGCUGUCAAGAUUCGGAACUUGCAAUCAAGCACAAUUGCUAGAUUACAAGCACAAUAUGAGGAAGAGGUGAGUUGACAUAUGGUAAUUUACAAGUAAGAUUUUUUUGAAACUGUUUCUAAAAUUAAUAAGAAUUUUUCACAACAGUAAGAUGUAUUUGUGAAAUUUUAUUCUGCUGAAAGAAAAUAAUCGCACUUUAGACAAACUGAAAAAUAACAUACAUCUUGCCUCCAUGAAAAAAUGAUAUAUUUUUCAAUUCAUCCUCUCCUCCCCUCAAAAACCAACUCAUUACCCAAUAACAUUUUUGCAGUUGAGAGAUGAAGUAACUUCUCGCCCUCGUCGAAUCCGCAAAGUUAGACGAACUAUUUUCUGCGAAGCUUUCAAAUCAUCGCUCAUUGAUAAUGAUUCAGCUGUCGAACUUAUGUCAUUUAUGCCAGCUCGACUUCAACUUAUCACUCCUCGAUUAGUUUACAAGCUUAGUCAAGAUGGCGCAAGUUUCUUCAAUUUCUGGGAUCAAGCUGAAAGAGCAGAUCAAUCGAUCCUCAUUAUCAAAACAACUGACAACGAGAUUUUUGGCGCAUAUUUGAGUAGUUCUUGGGCUGAAAGACAUGAUCGAAAAGAGCGAACAAAAUCAAAAUAUUGGGGAACUGGCGAGUCAUUUGUGUUUAAGAUGAAUGAGGAACUUGAGUUGCCUGAAAUUUAUGAAUGGGUUGGAAAUGCGCCAGAUGCAUCUUCAGAUAAUUCACCACAAUAUUUCAUGGCUGCAACUGAUAAUUGUUUUGUGGUAAGUUUGAAAACUCAUAUAAAAUAUAAAUAAAAAUUUAGUUUGAACUCUAGAAGAAGCAUUAAAAAAAUUAUUUUCAGAUUGGAUCUGGAGGUGGUGAUGCAAUUCGAAUCAGUGAAGAAAUCACAACUGGUAUCUCAAUGGCUAGUGAAACAUUUGGAAGUCCACAGUUAUGUAAACAUCAAGCGUUUGAAGUCUAUGAUAUGGAAGUGUGGAAAGUGUUGACGGAAGAGCCAACAGAAUAUGAUUUAGCUCGAGAACUUGAAGAGAAAAAAGCUCGACUUCAACGAAAUCAAGAACGCUACGAAUAG